AUGAACUAUGCAUCGAUCCUAAUGGUGGCAUCGUCGCAAGCGCAAUUAUUGUGUAUGUGCAAGCGUAGAAGGGCUGGUCGAGAUACCGCCAUUCUGGAUUAUCUGGCUACCGUGCCCUCGGACAUUUCCCCAGAGGAAGAUUCCUGGACCCAAAAGGAGAUGAAGCUCCUUGGUUUCGAUAUUGGCUGUGAAAUAAGCCCUGCCAUGUCCAACUUCAAGCCGGAGUUCAUUGUGGUCAUGCUGCGAUUUGCACAAGGUUUUCAGUAA